UGCUCUGCCUCAUACUUCAAAAUUAGUUGUGCCCCGGAAUGGACUGGAUCUGGGAGAAGACGUUCGAGUUCUGGUGCUCCUACUUCGGCGACCAUGUGGACAAUGGCUUUGGUGAAGACUCAGCACCCGCACCCACGUCUUCUCCGGAACUUCAGUCUUCUAAAACUAAAUCCCGUGUUAGGUUUAGCAGCAGCACCAUAAGGAAUUAUCAGCUUCACGAACUGGAAAAGUUGGGCUCUACAAAUGCCUUUUUCAACUUCCUGCUCGCCCAGCGAAUUCGAGAAGUGGGCCUAGUCGGUCUCAACUACCUGGAUGUGGUGAACGCCAAUAGAUUAAUUUCAGAGAAACACAUAUGGGACUCUAUGGAUGAGAUGAAACGAGAGCCCUAUCUAAAACUGGCCAAAAGUAUUCGGCAACGCCAUAUGGGAACUUUUCAGGAUAAAAGGAAACGGGAAGAAACGGGCUACCAAAUCCGAAGAAGAAUCAUAUACUCGGACCAAAAAAGAGUCAAGAGCCCUGAGAACUCGGCGAAAAACUGAGAGAACGCGAGAUGCC